GGGGCGGGGGGGGACCGCCGUCAAGCCGGGGAUUAGGGGAUUGGACCCGCGGCUGCUCGGUUUAAACGCCGCCGACGGACAACCCUUCAGCCUCCAGUUGUUGUUUGGGAGGGGGUGGAGGGGACCGGGGGUGUGAGGAGGCACAAAAAUAUGGUGGUGAUGGAUCUGCAUUCAGCUCUGAACAACAAAGUGAGCAGAAUUUCAGUCAUGGCGAGGCUCGUCCUUUCCCUCCUGCUCCUGUGCGGCUGCCGAAAUAGUCGCUGCUUGUCCUCCACGGCGGCCCAGAAGGAGGCAGCGGGCCAGAAGGAGGCGGCGGCCCAGAAGGAGGCGGCGGCCAACGACAACAGCACAGUGUUCACCAGGAUCCUGGACGGGCUCCUGGACGGCUACGACAACCGGCUCCGGCCAGGACUCGGAGAGAACGUGACGGAGAUCAAGACGGAUAUUUUUGUCACCAGCUUCGGCCCGGUGUCCGACACGGAGAUGGAGUACACCAUCGACGUCUUCUUCCGUCAGAGCUGGAAGGACGAGCGCCUGUGCUUCAAAGGGCCGAUGACGAUGCUGCCGCUGAACAACCUGCUGGCGAGCAACAUCUGGACCCCUGAUACCUUCUUCCUCAACGGCAAGAAGUCGAUCGCCCACAACAUGACCACGCCCAACAAGCUGCUGAGGCUGCAGGACGACGGCACUUUGCUCUACACUAUGAGACUGACCAUAUCAGCAGAGUGCCCGAUGCAGCUGGAGGACUUCCCCAUGGACGCACACGCCUGCCCUCUCAAGUUUGGCAGCUAUGCCUAUCCGGUGUCAGAGGUGGUUUACACUUGGACUAAGGAAGCUGACAAUUCGGUGGUGGUGGCGGAGGACGGCUCCAGGCUCAACCAGUACGUUCUCGUCGGGAAGAACGCCGAAACAGAGAACAUACACACGAGCAGAGGCCAGUACACAGUGAUGAUGGCCCACUUCUACCUGAAGAGGAAGAUUGGAUAUUUUGUCAUCCAGACCUACAUGCCCUGCUUCAUGACUGUAAUCCUGUCCCAGGUGUCAUUUUGGCUAAACAGAGAAUCGGUUCCGGCGAGGACCGUCUUUGGGGUGACCACUGUGCUGACCAUGACCACCCUCAGCAUCAGUGCCAGGAACUCCCUCCCUAAGGUGGCCUACGCCACGGCCAUGGAUUGGUUCAUUGCCGUCUGCUACGCCUUCGUCUUCUCCGCCCUCAUCGAGUUCGCCACAGUGAACUACUUCACCAAGAGGAGCUGGGCCUGGGACGGCAAGAAGGCUCUGGAGGCCCAGCACCCGAAGAAGCGAGACCCCAUGGUGCUGUCCAAAAAGCCCAACAACGUGUGCUCGGCGGGCGUCAACUUCACCCCCAACUUCACCAAGGACGUGUCCAUCGCCACCAUCUCCAACACAACGUCUGUGCAGCUCCGGGCCUCCGAGACCAAGAUGGUGGACCCAAAGAAGACCUACAACAGCGUCAGCAAGAUCGACAAGAUGUCGCGGAUAGUGUUCCCCGUCCUGUUUGGAACCUUCAACCUCGUCUACUGGGCAACGUACCUGAACAGAGAACCAAUGUUGAAAGGAGUGUCCUCAACGUAAUCUCCUUUCAUCUUUUUUGUUUUGUGUGGGAUUAAGUUUGAUGCGUAAUUUGCGAGUGUUCAGACCCAAAGGAAAAGGAGUUGUUGUAAGGUCUCUGCCCCGGGCCCAAAAAAAAAACCCACAAAUAUCUGCGCUUGAAGAACAAAAAAAACUAUACUCAACUAUCUAAGUCAAGCACUUCGAGUGGAUGCAAGGCGGCAUCUGAUCCCCUUUUGUCCUGUUUGUUGUGGCCUAAAAAUCUACUUGAUCUCAAAGGAACUGCCCCGAGACUAAAUCGACGAGAGGGCGGCUCUUUUUGCUUCUUUCUCAUCCAUCCUGCUGCAGUUUGCAUGACGCUCUCCUCAAAAGGAAACCACAGACGUUGUCUUGAAUACCGACCAUGUAUGUGUCAGUCUCUGCUUUAAGGGUGGUAGUGUGCGUCAUUGCCACCACUUGAACAUGAAAGCAAACAAAGGCUUUUUUUUGGUUGCAAUUUUUGCCUAGAUUUAAACCUUUUCUUAUCACGAGGGGCUUGCAACGCACUGGGCUUAUGCUAUUGAGAAACUUUUCAGCAGUUGAUUUAGAAAAUGUACUUAAUUCCACACUGUGGACGAAGCACCACUUGAGAUUAUUGCUGCAAGCGCAUAAGUUAUUCAGUUUUGUGUCCCUUCAAAACAAACAACAUCUAUUUUGCUCCUCCUAUGGCGAACUAUAUUGAGUUUCUUGUUGGCCGUCUUUACUUGAAGAUUCAAAGCCUUUUGCUGCAAGCCUAGUGGCCCAAAAGUAUUGGUAUUUCCAGCCUUGGUGGAAAACGCAGAAUGCUACCUGAAGGUGGAAAGAAAUAUAUUCAGAAUCUUAUUGCAGGGUUUUUUUAAAAGGAAGAGACUAUUCAUCUUUUAUAAACUAUAUAAGUUAUCAUAUAGGUGAAGCUUACCAACAAUCUGAAACCCCCCCCCCCCUCCCUGGCCCACUUACUCCGGGCGACCGGUCAGCUGUGGGCGGGGUUCAGGUUUAGGAUUGGAUCCAUGUGGUUUCACUGAAUUUUGAUUCCAGGUCACUCAUCUAGGAAACUAAUAUGCACAGUUGAGAGACCAGAGCUUAAAACGCAAAGUGUGUCACAUCAGAGCGAGAUUUUGGUGACCGUCGUUCAGGCUGCGAAAACUCCUUUUUUAGGCAAGCAUCCAUCAAAACAGUGCAGCACCUAAAUAACUAAAAGUCUGACUUCUGCCUGAGUGCAUCUGUGGCACAAUGUCUUUACAACUCACGUGCGGUAAAUCAAGUGUUUUCAAACUAAAAAAUACAACUGACCAAUCUCCAUCUCCGACAGCGGGAGACUCACGGUUUAGCUGCGGCGCUAACUGCUAACAGGCUAGCCACUAGCAAAUGAUUUGGGUCUUGUAAGGGAAUCAUGUAAAUACACCUGUAAACUUUUGCUUUGGCACAAAAAAAGACAACGUUGAGCCUCCUGUGUUUGAGUUUUACGCCGUGGGGAGAAACCAACGGCAAAGCCUAAUGUUGACUUUCCAUUAGUUUCCAUCCGAAGUGCGUACACACGUGUUCUUCCUUCUUGUUGCUUGCUAAAAUACCUUGACGCGGGGCUUCUAUUUUUUCCCUAGUCUCUUUCUACAUUGACUAAACUGGAUGGCGAUGAGCACACGUUGUGGCAUUUUGGCCGGAGCUCGCCAACAGCCCCUGUGUGACUUGUUGGAUCAUGGUGAGACACACUCAGGAACAAAAAGCACCCACGGUCCCAGCAGGAGAGUUGCCUCGGAGUCACUGUUUCUUUGAUCUUGCGCAUAUAAAUAGUGCAGUUGGGAGUCUCGUCAAUGAAUCAAAUAAAGGUGACACCCGCUGGCACUGCACAUGCUUCGCUUUGUGAAAACCGGGACCUUCGGUAAAUGUCAGCUUCGAAUUUCUCUCCAAAAAGUGCUCUUCGUUUUGAAUGUUUCAUUAUUCCCUGUAGCGUUCUUGUACUGCUGGUUUGGGUUGAUGUUGAAGCUGCAUCUAUCUUCUGUACAUCAGCUCAGUGUGUCAAAGGAAGCCCAAUGGAGUGCAGUGGGAAAAGAGAAGUGGAUGCAUUUGUCUGCGAGGGUGAUCGCCAUGGCAGCCAGUCCAGACGAACAGACGAAAAAAGUUGAAGCUUGCCCUUUAAUAGUUAACAUUUUUUUAACUUUAUUUUUCAGUAAUGACUACUGUUCUGUCCGUUAAUCUUCCUUGCUACUCAUGGAAUGAGUGUCCCCAUCCAUCCAUCCAUCCAUCCAUCCGUCCAUCCGUUUAACUAACCACUCUGUUCUCCAUUGCCAGCCAAGAAACGAUUGCCCACCCCUCCCUCCCCCCUUCCUUCAUUCACUGUGACAGACUCAUCUGCCAUACAUCUGUUAGAACAGGGAUUUAGCUCCGCUUAAGUUACUUUCACCCAUUUAAGGGGGGAGGGGGGAGGGGGGGUUUGCAGCAAAGCGCUUCCCUCCAAUUUAAGCCGUGGCCGGCCCAGCCAAUGACAAAUGCUUGUUUUUCUCCUCGGUAGUGUCUGGACAGCUGUGGCUGCUGCGUGUUGGGGACAAAUUUAGGAUUGAUUAGAUGUGCUUUACCCAGAGCUGGCUCCCAGGGAGGGUGAGGCCGACUGAUGCUUUGAACUUGGGUCUCUGCAGCGGGGAAUGUACCGCGCACGCAGCGGUCGUCUUAGAGAGCCUUUACCAAACAGUCGUCCAUGCCCGGAGGGCUCCAGGAGGCCACCAAACGUGCAUGUACUUACUCUUGCUUUUCAGAAUCAAUGAAGAAUUUAUUUGUAAUUUUUGCUUCACUUUUUGCAAAGAAAAACGCAGCAAAGCCAUUGUAGGUAUAGCUGGGCUUAAAGUAUUAGUGUUAUUCACUCUUUGUUUUAUGUACUGUAUAUGUUUUAUGUAUUAAACUUAAAAUUACUGAAUAAAAAGGAAGAACAAAGAUGGCAUUCAUUAUCAAGCGU